CACACUAAUUGAUGACGAUAAAAUUGGAAUAAAGGGAGCUGCUUCUCGAUUGAAACAAUGAUGCAUAAUCUGUCAGGUAGCAGCAAUGCUUUAAUAUUUGAGAUGGCGAGGAAAGGAAGAGCAGUUUCGGCAAUGACAAGCAGCAUAAAUCCAAGCAAUAAAGCAGUUAUGGACGACAACAUCACAAUGCAGCAAGAGGUUGCUUAGGAAAUACCUCCUCCCCUUCCUUUUAUACUCCCGCUGCAUGGGAUAAAAUCUGCAUUCAUUCCCGAUGAAGAACGGAGACGGCCGUCGUCCCGACAUGGUGAUCGACAUCGGGAAGCCGGUGAAGCUCACGGGGGGCCUCGAGUUCUCCGCCCUCACCUACACGGUCAUCAAGAAGGCCAAGGAUCUCAACGGCCGGUGGCAGAAGAAGGAGGUCGAUUUGCUGCACCACAUCACUGGCUACGCCCCAAAAGGCUGCAUCACCGCCGUCAUGGGCCCCAGCGGCGCCGGCAAGUCCACCUUCCUCGACGCUCUCGCCGGCAGAAUCGCCAGCGGGAGCUUGAUGGGGAGGGUGUCCUUGGACGGCGCCGACGUCAGCCCUAGCUUGAUCAAGCGCACCUCCGCUUACAUCAUGCAGGAAGAUCGCCUCUUUCCCAUGCUCACCGUUUACGAGACGCUCAUGUUCGCCGCCGAUUUCCGCCUCGGCUCCAUUUCCAGAGACGACAAGAGGCAGCGCGUCGAGAAUUUGAUCCAACAGCUCGGUUUAUCCUCUUCGAGGAAUACCUACAUCGGCGACGAAGGGACGAGGGGGGUCUCCGGCGGGGAGCGACGGCGCGUGUCGAUCGGAGUGGACAUCAUCCACGGACCGUCCCUGCUGUUCCUGGACGAGCCGACUUCGGGGCUGGACUCGACGAGCGCGCACAGCGUGAUCGAGAAGGUGCUGGACAUAGCUCGAUCGGGAAGCACCGUGAUUCUCACGAUUCACCAGCCGUCGUCGCGGAUUCAGCUGUUGUUGGACCACAUGAUCAUCCUGGCUCGAGGCCAGCUGGUGUACCAGGGCCCGCCUAAAGAUGUGGCGCUCCAUCUCCACCGCAUGAGCCGUCAGCUGCCCAAGGGCGAAAACGCCAUCGAGUACUUCAUCGAUGUGGUGCAGGAGUAUGACCAAUCUGCCUUUGGAGUCGAGGCCAUGGCGGAGUUCGCUCUCACCGGAGUUAAGCCGCCGCCACUGGCCGAGGACCACGCGCCGCCGCCCCUUGAGGGUCACGGAAAAAGGACUAACAAACGCCUUCCUUUGCAGACAGGAACUAAAGAUAGUUUUGACCACAGUGUGAGAAGCCCAUGGAAUAAUACGUCCAGAUCAUGGAGUACUAGCCAAUCAAUGAUCUAUACACCCACAAGAAAUUAUACAGAUAGAAAUCGAGCCAGCGCAUCUCCCGGCGGAUACUACACGAGCUCGAGCGACAUCGUGCGCGGCACACCAACGCCGCACAGCAGCGACUACACCGUGAACGAAGACGACUACAUAACUCACAGCAGCAUCCACGGCGAGGGCGGCGGGGGCUACUACCUCGGCCCCAAGUUCGCGAACUCGUUCAUCCCGGAGAUGUGGAUACUGAUGCGGCGCAACUUCACCAGCAUCCGGCGCACGCCGGAGCUGUUCCUCUCCCGGCUGGUGGUCCUGACGGUGAUGGGGAUCAUGAUGGGCACCAUGUUCUUGAAACCGAAGGACGACCCGCAGGGGAUCACCAACCGCCUCAGCUUCUUCAUCUUCACCGUCUGCCUCUUCUUCUUCUCCUCCAACGACGCCGUCCCGGCCUUCAUCCAGGAGCGCUUCAUCUUCGUGCGGGAGACCUCCCACAACGCGUACCGCGCCUCCUCCUACACCCUGGCGGGGCUCAUCACCUACCUCCCCUUCCUGGCCCUGCAGGCCGCCGUCUACGCCGCCAUCGUGUGGUUCCCGCUCCAGCUCCAAGGCCAGUUCGCCUACUUCCUCCUCGUGCUCUACAUGUCGCUGCUCUCCACCAACUCCUUCGUGGUGUUCGUGAGCUCCGUGGUGCCCAACUACAUCCUGGGAUACGCGGCCGUGAUCGCCUUCACGGCGCUCUUCUUCCUCUUCUGCGGCUACUUCCUGGACAGCAAGGACAUCCCGGGAUACUGGAAGUGGAUGCACUACGUCUCCACCAUGACUUACCCCUACGAGGGACUCAUCAUGAACGAAUACCGGACCUCCGAUAAGUUCGGCGGGAUUUCCGGCGAUACCAUCUUGAAAUCGCUGGGGAUUGAUAUCGGCAACAAUUUGAAGUGGCAGAAGCUGUAUUGGAUGGCGGGCUGGGCUGUUGUUUAUAGGCUGCUUUUCUAUAUUGUUUUGCGUUUCUUUUCUAAGAACCAAAGAUCUUAACACACUGGAUCCACUAGAUGUUAGUUUCGUUCAUCAUCUUCAAACAUACAUGUAUUCUUAAAU